AUAGUCUAAUCGCACCCCCAGGUGGCAACACGAAAUCAGCCAGUCGUCUCAGGAAAGGUGUUCUUCAGCCAUUCAAAUUACGAGCACUCAUAACAUCAAGUAGUUCAUGUCACCGGGUGCUCUUGAAAAUGUGGCGGUUUCUCAGAAGACGAGGUCGGCAUCUCCGCAAGGCCGGAGCGUUCCUGUCCAUGUUCCUGGCGACGGUGAUGGUUAUAACACUGAGGGAUGAACUGGUGACAAUCGCCGGACCCAUCAGAUCCAGACAAGAAAUUUUAGAUUUGCGCCACCGAAACGCACCCAGACCUUCCGCAGAGUCGACCUACGACCACCUCCAUCACAUCGCCUGGAUCAUCGACCACGACCACUUCACGGACGAUCAGAACUCCGCCGAACUCCUCCAAAACAUCGUCAAGCAAAUCAUACUCAACAAGGACGAGUCGAACGUUUACACUUUGCAAGAAAUCGCAAAACUGUACAAUUUUACCGACGACGACUUGCACAUAGAAGGGGUGACCCUGAAUGAGGUGAUAUCGUUGAUUAGCGAGGGAGUGGAGGUUGGAGAAAACUAUGACAUCACGGUGGACAGACUGGAGAGGGUCCUGAGGGAAGGGACGGAGUACGAGGAGGAUGUUGACGACGUCAUUUCCGGUCGGGCUUUGGGUCACAUCUUGCCAAAGGUCGACAAGAAAUGGAGAUAUCACGAUCUGUCGUUUGCAAAGGAUCCUAACCGUAAGCCGUCGAGGUGUCCUUCCAGUCUCCGCCACAUGGGGGCGUCCUCCUCCUGGUUUAACGGCAGGUUCAGGGAUGACGUCAAGGUGUUCGCGGACAAAGACGAUCUCCUCGAGGAAAACUACAAGUCGCUGUGCGAGAGAUUUCCGCUGCCGUUUGGGUAUAAAAAGGAGAACAAAACAUUUCUUGAGCAGAUUUUAAACACAAUCAAGACUCCGGAUGUGUUUGGCGAGCCGAGGAAAGACUGUAUCCGCUGCGCCGUGGUGGGGACAGGAGGGCAGAUGAAAGGGUCGGGGAAAGGGAAGGAGAUAGACGCACACGACUACGUCUUCAGAACGAAUAACGCCCACACAGAAGAGAAGUACUCGGCCGACGUGGGCAACAGAACGUCCUUCUACACAUUCUACCCGGAAUCACAGAAAAUCCAGCUGGUGGCGAAAGCGGUGAGACAAAUAAAGAGCCAAACACCAUGA